AUAGUUCUACACGUUUUAGUGUUAUCAGCUUAACGUUCCAGCAGUUUGGUGAAAGACGACUCCUCACAUCGUCAAAUAUAUUCAUUAUUCCAACUUCUUAACUGGACAGCCAACUGUUUAAAUGUUUGUGAGUUAGCAUUCAGACAGACGGAAGAGAAAGAAGCCAAAAAAGCGCAGACUGUAGUCGUUAAUCAGUCUAAUCCAGGUGUUGCUAAUUAGUGCUGAGGCUGUGACGCACCUUGGAGAAAAGUUCAAGUCGAGGUGCUCUCAGAUGGAUUACGCCAUGAAGUCCCUCACCCUUCUGACUCCGUCUUCCCUCUCCAAGUGUGUGACUGCCAGCGUCUCGGCCAGCGCUUCCAUGACCCAGCAGCUCCUGUCGGGUCGAGCUCCUCGGCCGAAGCCCUUCAGGGUCACGAAUGCCGACCGCAGUGUGAAGAAGGGCAUCAUGGCCGACACGCUAGAAGACCUGCUGAACAAGGUCAGCGACUCGUUGAGUGUAUCGUGUGCCGGCGUCCUGGUGCUGGAUGAAGACGGCACAGGGGUCGACACAGAGGAGUUCUUCCAGACACUGCCUGAAAACGCUGUCCUCAUGGUCCUGGAGGAGGGCCACAAGUGGACCCCACAUCUGAGCAGCCCCUCCAGAGAUCAGCUCAGUGAGUGCAGGUCACAGCACAGGACAGAUGUGGCCAAGGUGACCUUUGACCUCUACAAAACCAACCCCAAGGAUUUCAUUGGCUGCCUGAACGUCAAAGCGACCCUCUACGGUGCUUAUUCUGUGUCCUAUGACCUGCGUUGUUACGCUGCCAAAAACAUUCUGAAGGAGGCUCUCCGAUGGACCAUCUUCUCCAUGCAGGCCACAGGCCACAUCCUGCUGGGCACCUCCUGCUACAUCGAGCAGCUGCUGGAGGAAGAGGAGCGAGCAGAGAAGAGCCUGGCGCUGCCUCAGGAGAGCAGGAUCAGGCAGCUGCAGAGCAUGCUGCUGGGAAAGAUAUCCCACUGAUGAUGGACUAGAGCCCACCAUGGUGGAGCAAACACAUUGUCCACUCUUAGAUGUAGAUGGUCACAGAUGAAACCGGUGCUUCCUGUGCAGUUUACGGACAUUUCAAAAGUCUCACAGUCACUUUCUUGCUCUGUUACAUUUUUUUUUUUGCCCCACAUGUAUGUAGAAGCUGAUACCACAAGUUAUUCCUAAGAAAGCACUUUUACUCACUAUUGUAUCUUUUACCUACAGAGAUGAAUAAAUAAAACUAACACUUUUUUUUUUAUUCCCCCAUUCCUUAAAGUCCACAUACAGUAGGUCUACAAGAGGGCUUAGAUGUGCGAAGUGAAGCCCAUUAAGCUGGCUUUGUGUGUAUGUGGUUCCUGGUCAAAGUCAGUGUAAUUGGCAACAGGUCCAGCUGUCUCUCCCACGCUUCCCUAAUUGUCCCCUGGCCUGCACUGUCCUGUCAGCUGCAGCCUGCCUCUGCCUUCAGAAAAUCAGAGGAAGAGAACGAAGGAAGAGCAAGCAGCUGCAGGGGGCGAGGGGCCGCAAAGCAAACCAUUAUACUGAGAGAGAAGAGAGAUGAUGGCUUCAGCUGGCGGCAGGAGUGCCACUUCUGCCAUCUUGUCGUGAAAGGUGGCAGCAAAAAUCUGAGGACAGACUUUUGAACCAAAUUGGCUGUCUGAUAUAGCUUGAAGAAGAUAAAUGUGUGAGGUAUAUAUUCAGUAGGUCAGGAGUUGGAGUAUGACUGUGGUCCACUCCCCCUGGUUUCUUCUCUUUUUGUCUCCAUUUUCUGUCUACAGAAAAUAUUAUGACCAGAAAGAAUAGAAACAUGGACAGAGAUGGUCAUUUCUGAUUAAACGUUUACAUUAAAUACUAUAUAUAUGCUAAUAUAUUGAUGGAUGUCAUGGUUCAAAGUUAUUUUUUUAUUGGGUCAGAAAUCUACUUGCCCAAAGCACAUUUUUCCUUGCCCCUAUACAAAUUGUUUUAUUUAUUAGCGGUUAUCAAAUGACAACAAAGACUGAGGUUAAUUGUCAGAUUUAAUCUUUAUUUAAGUAAAUUAAUCUGGAGUUUCGCUCACAUCUUCUAACACCACCCAAUUAAACUCCUGUUUCCAGGAUAAUUGAAAUGCUCGCUUGCGCUUCAGCUCAUAAAUUUUGUCCGUACCCGCCACCAUUUUCUUGCGAGUGCCCGAUCGGUACCGCACGUGUGCAACUCUCAACAGAGAUGAGUCGGAAGCGAGACGUCUCACUCCUUACAGCUACUUCCAUCAUCUAGUCUGAUCGGGCAAGUGAGUUGCGAGAUUUACUAGCCUAAUGUGGCAUUUUACUUGUGGGCAGUCCUUGUUGUUGAGCCCUGGAUGUUGUUUAAAUGCAUGCAUUAAAUUGCAUAUCUCAUGAAUAGCACAACAGUAGUUGCAUACAAUGCAAACACGACAUAAAAGUGAACACUGGUCAUGUGCCAUUGUUUGCUCUGAAAUGAGAAAUAAGGGGCAUUCUGUAUGUACGUAUUUUCACAGUCUAAUACUUCAACGGUUUUACAACAAACUCUGAUUGCAAUUGUUUUAAAUUGAAGUGUGAUUCAUGGCGAAUUAAACGGGAUCAAAAAAA